CGAUAGCAUAGUAUAUUUGAUCUUGCCAUCUUCAAUAUACCAUGACCGAGCAUUCUGUUUUCACGCUUGGCAGAUGAUGACUUGUAUGAAGAAUGGGCCGAAGUUCCGCGGUGCAGCUUCCUUAGGUCGUUAUGAUGUCGUCAACAUGGCGUAGCUCAGACACGACCUUUUGAGGAAGCCUCAAUCCUCCCCUUCAAAAGCUCUUCGAUUAUUUCUUGCUCAACAUGCUUCGUCUCUUCUCUAGAACUGCUCACACUGUUAGAAGCGCUUUCAGACCCAAUCCCACUCACAGUACUAUAACAAAAGCAACCAUGAGCGGCAAAGCAGAGAACCCCCAGCUGAAGAACACCGACCUGUUCGAUGUCUCUCACAUUACCGCUGUCGUUACUGGUGGUGGCACUGGCAUUGGCUUGAUGAUUACUCAGGCUCUCGUUUCCAACGGAGCAAAGGUCUACAUUACCGGCAGAAGAAAGGAGAAGCUUGAAAAGGCUGUUGAGCUUUACAGCACCGGUCCUGGAAGCAUCCACGCCCUUCCUGGCGAUGUCAGCAACAAGGAGGACGUCAUUCGUCUUGCCAAAGAGUUGGAGUCAAAGGAGUCCAACGGCAUCCAACUGCUGGUCAACAAUGCUGGUAUUGCCAGAGACGACGACACAAAGUUCUCGUCCAACGGACAACCAGACAUGUCGGAUGCUAAGGCCAUCUCGGAGCACUUCCUGAAGACCAAGCCUGAGCAAUUCGCCGACACUUUCAAGACCAAUGUUGCCGCUCCUUACUACAUGUCCAUGGCACUUCUGCCUCUCCUGGCCAAGGGCCGUGAAGUUACUCCUGGCUACACCUCUAGCGUUGUCAACGUGUCUUCCAUCAGUGGUGCCAUGAAGGGUUCCAGCAACGGUCAAUUUGCCUACGCUGCUUCCAAGGCUGCUGCCACACAUGUCAGCCGCAUGCUUGCAACUACCUUCAAGGAUACCAAGGUCCGCGUCAAUGUCAUCGCUCCUGGUGUCUUCCCCAGCGAGAUGACUGCUGGCAGCUCUGGUGAUGACAACAAGAGCAACCUCGACAUGAAGCCCAGUAACCCUGCUGGCAGAUUCGGCCACGACACCGACAUGGCAGCAACUAUCCUCUUCCUUGCUGGUCGCGGAGGUGUCUUCUACAACGAGCAGAUCCUUUAUCCCGAUGGCGGAAACACCCUUGUACAGCCCGCAUACAACUAGAAUUAGACCUUCAGCGACGACGAUAUGACUAUGACAUCGAAGUAAAGUAAUACGACAGUAGCUUCUACAUGAACGAUCUUACCAGCCUGUGUUGUGCAGCG